AUGUCCUCCAUCGACACUGCGUCGACUGACGACCAGGUCGUAGCAUGUGCCAGUGGUGGCGCAGCGCUCCUUGGCCAUUGCUUUGGCUUUUCAGGGCCCGCGAGCAUCGAGACGGCAGUCUUGCAGCCGCCGACCACGUGCAAGCUUCAAGCGCCAACGUGCAGCACCGAUAUCACUCACGCCUGGUUCGAGAACGCGUUUGAGGCAGCAAAUUUCCGCAAGGCGAUGGCGGCCCACGGUCGGACGGCGGUCUCUGGCGCGCGAGAGCAGUCGUUGCCCGCGUCGAGCGCAUCGAUCGCGUGCUCGUCGUACGCAUACGUGCCGAUGAAGUCAUUUUGCUUGGACGCGCCAGCGAUGGCGCUCGCAGAGAAGGCGCUCGCGGAUGCCAGUGACUUGACGACCGUUGAAGCGGCCAAGUGCUUUCUCUGCGACUAUGGCUCACAUGUGUUUUGCGGUGUCUUCCACGUCGGCGGCGUUUUUUGGAAGACAGUCGAGGUCGAAGCGCGGGCCGAUGUGGCGAUCGGUACGCUGGCCAGCGCUUUCCCCGACCCAACGGCGCGCGACCUCUCGAUCAAUUACAGCAGCUUUGCGUAUGGCUCGGGCAUUGACACGCGCCAAACCUCGCUGCUGGACGACAAGAAGACGUCGUGCGAGAUCACGACGCGCAUCGAGUGCGAUGGCCCCGACGCGGCCAGCUACGCGACCUUCCAGCAGCGUCUGCUCGCGGAUAGCUCGACAUGGCGCGUGAUUGACCGCCCGACCGCGCGCGUCGGUGUCUGGGAUCUGCUUGACGCUGCGGGUUUCGAGACCGCGGCCAACCUCGUGCGGAACGCGUGGCUGGAGCUUGUCGCCUCCAGUCGGGUGUUGGCGCCGGACGUUGCGGCCGCCGUGCGCAAUGUCUACGUCGAUAUGUGGCAGCGCAACCCUACGUUUGGGAGCGACGCCAAGAACCAAAACGUCGCCAGCGCCGACGAAGCGACCGUCGCGGUCCAGCAGCAGCUGUGUGUGGUUGCGCAGGCCAAUGUCGACGGCCGGGCUCUUGUCGACGUGGUCUUGCUUGCACUGCGCUUCGGCGCGGCCUUUGGCUUGACUCUGGCAGCCGACUGUUUCCGUGACGAGAGACUCGUCGUCGCCUUGCGCCGUCUCGUUGCAACAAAUGACACCGCGGCGAUGCUGCAGCUCGGUGCCAUGUACCAGCACGUCCUUGGCGCCCUGGUUUCGCAAGAAGGCCUCCACUUGGACCCGAUAGUGCAGGAGGCUCUGCAGCGUGCGGCGCAGCUCGCAGCACUCGAGCACGAGGCAAGCAAGCUCACGGAUACCGUGUAUCCAUGGGACAUCAUUCUCGCUGCAUUUCAGGCCACGCCAUUGCUCCAUUAUGGGCUUUUGACGACGCGCAUCAGUGACCUUCUCAUCGCCAACCUCUCGGAAGCACAAGGCUGCUCGGCUGAGCUUUGGGCCAUCGCACAACGGUUCGACUGCCACGAUGACGGCUUCACCACCAAUCUCAACCCCGAGCAUGUGCAGAUGAUGGCUGAUACAAUGUUGGCAGCGUUGAAUCGCGAUGCAGCAGCGGCAACCGAGAGCUCGGACGACGAAGCCCCGAUGCCACCCGCCAUGUUUGCUCCCAUGAUAGACGAGCGCACUUCCGCAGCCGAGGAGCAACAUCUGUCAAGUGCGCGUCAACACCCGAUGAGCCACCUCUUGACGGUCGUCUCCAAGCCCGCCAAGACGACGGACCUCCCCGGGCUCAUUUGGUACACGCUCAAGCACCGUCUGAGCCUCGUCAAGGAGCUUUACAGCUCUGCCUCGGGUGCCAAGGGCAAGCGUGUCGCGCGUCGCGCGUCCGCGCGAGACGAAGCACCGCAAGGCCCCGCUGUGUUUGACGCGCUCUUGACGCUGGUGGACUCGCUGACGCCGACGGCGCGCGCCGAGGUGUACCGUCUACUUCUUGACCGGCGCUGCCUCGUGCCGUUUCUCCUCGGCUGGGGCUUUGUCGAAGAGAACACCGUGUACACUACGGUCAUGGUGCUGCACGUCAUUGGCGACUACACGCUCUUGGAGUCGUUCAUUGCGCAGUUUGCCGACGUGUUGGUGAUCGACACGGGGGCUGCGCCAGCGCGGACGACGCUGCCCCAAGGCACGGUGUUGCACUGGCGCCUCGCAGAAGACGACGAAGACGACCAAGUUCUCGGCGACGAUGGCAAGGUUCUGACAGUGGGGCUCGCGAGUCCCAUGAGCUCUUCGUACGAGCGCAUCACCGCGUACAUCCUCGAGGACGACGAGGCCGAGACGCCACCGACGCGAUGUACCGUCGACAAUCUGCCGCUGCCAUACGACGUAAAGUCGGACGCUCGCCUACCGCAACACACUGAGAACAUUUUGGCGGCGACGGACUUUGCGACGCUCCGCACGGACGUUCUGCAGCUCCAGCAGCGCUUUGCGUACGAGUCGGCGCUGCGCAUCGAACUCCAGCGCGAGACAAACCCGCCUAGCCAAGAAGUGCUGCGGCAGAAGAUCCAGAGAAGCGAAGCCGAGCACAAAAAGCUCGUUCGCAACGUCGCUCGUGCUCCGUUGCUCGUCUACUUUCAGCGGAUUCUUGAGCAUCCGUCAGCGGCAGUGCGCGAGAUGCUUGUCAUUGACCUUGAACGUCGGCUCGCCGAGUGCUGCAACGCCGUGGCUGCGACGGCGCAGGCAGAGUGUGGCCAAGCCUUUGCCGCCUGCAGCGAAGUCGACAACGAGGCGACGCGCUCGGCGUAUGCGUCGGCUCUCGUAAAGUGGAGCAACAUGGUCACGGGCCUCGAGCAUCUCUGGCGCGAGCUCUCGCACAUCUAUACGGCUAACCAAGAAGCGUACGCGAUAUUACCGCAGCUCGCCGUGCAGCAUCUUCUCGACGGCUUCCCGCUCGAGCUCAUGGACGGCGACGCCGGCAUGGUCAACGACAAGUGGAUCCGCGCCGUGUUGCGCUCUCUGGACGAUACGCUGCCGACAGGCGCUCGCGUCUUUGUGCUCUCGGUCAUGGGCGUCCAGUCCUCGGGCAAGUCGACGCUGCUCAACUCGAUGUUCGGUGUUCGCCUUCGGACGAGCGUUGCGCGGUGCACGCGCGGUGUGAACCUCCAGCUGCUCGCUUGCAACAACUGCGACGACUACGACUACGUCUUGCUCCUCGACACCGAAGGCAUCCAGUCGCCCGAGUACGUUGGUGUGGAAGGCACGGUCUGGCGCGACAACCGCAUGGCCUCCGUGGCCAUCUUGCCGGCGGACGCGACCAUCAUCUUGACGAAAGGCGAAGCGACCAACACGAUCAACGACGUGCUGCCGAUCGUGCUCUCGGUGUUUGCCAACUCGGAGCUGGCGGCGGCUUCGGGCGGUCAUCUUAUGUCCAAGCUCUACUUUGCGUUCAACCAGAUUGACGUGUCGCAGACGAGCAACAUGGCGUCGAGUCUCCGGGCGCUCCUCGACAGCCUUCGCAGCAGCGCCAAGCAGAUUGCGGCCGUGCGGCAGACCGAGACGGCCACUUUUUUGCGCGACUUUCGCGCCGACAUGAACGACGAGGCAGGCAGCGACGUCCGAUUCCUCGGCAUGACGCAAGGCCAAACGACGCCGCCAAACGACGUGCCGCUGCCCGACUUUGGCGAGCGCCUCGUUCGGUUCCGUGACCACAUGCACGCCCGCGCCAUUGAAAGCCAGUGGCAGGCACGCACGAUUUCCGAGCUCAGCGAGAGCUUGGACCUUGUAUGGACGUGUCUCCAAAGCGCCAAUUUUGAGCUCGACUUUGCGUCGGCACACGAGCGCGUCGUGUACGAUCGGCUUGUGCAGAUGAUGACAGAGCACACGCAAGAGCUCGCCAAGAUCUACAGCGACGCCUUUGACAAUGUGCUGCAGACGAUGAGCGCCGACAGCGCGGCUGAAAAGACGCUCGACGCGAGCAACCGUCGCAAGUACGAGACGCUUUUGGAGCACCACGUGGAGUCGCACGUGGCGACGCUCGAGGCAGUCGUCGCGACGUCGCUGAACCAAGAUGCGUUUGCCAAGUGGGCGACGACAAUGCAAGACAUGUGGACGGACAAGAAGCAGCGCCAAGCGGCGCACUCGGCGCGCCUUGUCCAGUCCAAGGUCCAACACCUCUUUGAGUACGACGCCAUCACCAAGGUGUACAAGGAAAAAAUCCAAGCAAAAAUCGUCGACCACAACACAAGUUUUGGCCCCGAAGCGACGAUGCAGGCGUUCGACGCCAUCUUCAACGAAAUCCUAAGCGACGCUCGCCUACAGAACCCCGCGUUUGCGCCUCAAGUCCCCAAGCUCGUGCACGCUGUCAUUCACAACAACCAUGUCUUUACGCCGGACGAGCUCGCGCGGCUGAGCAGUGACGACACCGAUGGCUGGUCGCCGGCCAAGCUGGUAGGCAAGGCCGCGCGAACAUUCUCGAACGUGGUGCUGUCGCGAAACACGACUUCGCGGGACACGGAGCUGACGGACGCUGUCUGUGACCUUGUGGGCAGUCUCCUCGCCGAUGUCGAACGCUACUCGGACGACGUAGCGCUAACGUGUGCGCGCGACGUGCAGCGUCUUUUGGCGUCCAAGCAGCUAACGCCGUCCCAGCACAAGGCUGGUCUCCGCGCGCUCACGUCGAUGCUCACAAGCGAGCUGCAGUUGCGCCAACGGCGCUGGGACGAGGCCAACAGCGUCGUCGCCAAGUUUGCGGCGUGUAAAGCAAGCAUGCUGCUCUUCGCGCAGAACGUGUGCGAUGGCCAAAAGGCGGCGCAGCUGCUCUCGACGACGCUGAACGAGUGGCUGGGUCUCAACUUGACCAAGACGUUUGAAGAAGAGGUCGUGAGCGUGGUGGCAUCGUCGCUCAAGCACGCUCGAUGGGUGCGCGCCGCCGACGCGAUGCAAGCUGCCUUGGACACCGAUCUGCUUCAGUACUUGCGCAAGAAGAAGAUGCGCAAGGUGCUGAGCCUCAUCGACGAACCGACCGCGCACGCUGCAGAUGUGACGAGCGCCCUUGUGCGCAAAGAGGUCCAAAAGUGCUACGUGCACGUCAGCAAGAAGCUUGUGCGGGACAUUGAGGAAAGUAUCGCGGCAGCCGCCGACGCGGCAACUCACGCCACCUCGGAGCGCACCAAGUGCUUUGUACAUGCGCUGCGUUUGUCGCUCCAGAGUCGCCUCAAGUGCAGCGGCACCAGCGCGCUCAUCGAGAGUCUGCCUGCCGUCGCGGGCAAUGUCAUGAACUGCGACGACCAAGGGCCUUCGGCAUUUGCUCUCACGACGGACCAGGAUGCAAUCAGUGUGCCGCUCGAUCUCCUUCGGCGCAUUGGUGCGAUGGCCUCACAGCUGCGGCCGUCGUCGGAGUGGAGCUCGACGAUGACCAAGGCUGUCGUUGGAGUCAUUCAAAACGAAGCGUAUGGGGCCGUGGACGGCAUCAUGCCACGCUGUGGGGCACCGUGCCCGCGCUGCCACUGUCCGUGCACCAAAGCACUGGGACAUACCUCGACGAAAGACAACGCGCUUCACAACACGUACCAUCAGCCCGAGGGUCUCGUCGGUGUUUGGGACGUUGAUACGCGCGAACUUUUGGCAGCGAGUUGUGCGACGUGCGUGGUCGACAACUGCACCAUGGUGUUUACGAGCGGCAACCGACCGUACACGGAGUUUGAGACCGUGUACCCAGGGUGGGCCUUGCCGCGCGUGACCAAGUUUCUGCCGCUGCGCGAAUACGUCUUUGCGCAAUGCCAAUCCGAGCUCUCGCAAAUGUUCAACAAGCUCCCGUGCACCUCGAUGCCCAUCUCGUAUGCGCACAACCUCGACGACAUUGACGAGCAGCUCAAACGGCUUCUCCGUUAACUACCCAAGACAAGAGCUGCGUACUGCAUACCAUAACACAGUGUAUACCUUGUUAUCACGAAACACUGCUGUUGCUUGUCAACA